CCCGUUCGUUUAAACCGAGAACACCCAUACCGACUUCUCAAUGCAAAAAAUAAAAGGGAACCCAGAAGCAGGGACUAGGGGAACGAAAGGUGUAAAUAGAAAGCGAAAGCUCUUGGUCUCUCUCUCUCUUUCUCCCUCUCAUCUAUUUUACUAAAUGAAUUAAUUAAUUAUUAACUAGGACAUAAAUACAAGGAAUCAGCCUCCGCCGGGACCAGCAGACAGCUCCAAGCCUUUGAUAUUCGUUUUAGCCCAAUGAUACAUAUGUAUACUUAUCCAUGUACAUAUUUGCCUUGGUAGGACUAGAAGUAGGACCAGCAAGGCUUUUUUGAAUAACAUUUUUGACCAAUACUUCGGAAGCUUCUACACAAGGCCACCAAGAUUGCGCUGCUGCUGCCGCCGCUGUUACCACAACUCAUUGCCGGUCCGAAGAUGGCAACUUUAACGAACGGACAGGUGGAUGGCACAAACGGGCUAGUGAACGGAUUAAGCCACAGUCCYGCGGGCUGCGGGGGWACCAUCCCUAUGAAGGACCACGACGCUAUCAAACUGUUCAUCGGGCAGAUACCACGCAACCUGGACGAGAAGGACCUCCGGCCGCUCUUUGAGGAGUUCGGCAAGAUCUACGAGCUCACCGUGCUCAAGGACCGCUUUACGGGCAUGCACAAAGGCUGUGCCUUCCUUACCUACUGUGCCAGAGAGUCGGCCCUGAAAGCUCAGAAUGCAAGACAGAAAACUAUUUGUGGGAAUGCUCAACAAGCAGCAGUCCGAAGAUGAUGUGCGACGUCUCUUUGAGUCGUUUGGCAGCAUUGAAGAGUGCACCAUCCUUAGAGGUCCUGAUGGAAACAGCAAAGGUUGUGCGUGUAAAUAUUCAUCUCACGCUGCUCAGGCAGCUAUCAGUGCACUACACGGCAGCCAGACAAUGCCGUGAUGGGCGUCCUCAAGUCUGGUGGUGAAGUUUGCCGACACGGAUAAGGAGCGCACCAUCCGGCGCAUGCAGCAGAUGGCUGGUCAAAUGGGCAUCUUCAACCCCAUGGCCCUGCAGUUUGGGGCCUACGGGGCGUACGCACAGGUGCAGCAGCAGCAGGCAGCGUUGAUGGCGUCAGUAGGUCAGGGGGGCUACCUCAGCCCUAUGGCAGCCUUCGCCGCCGCACAGAUGCAGCACAUGGCCACCAUCAACGGACUCCCAGGAGGCCACAUGACCCCCACCUCAGGUGGCAGUACCCCCCCUGGUAUCGGCGGCCCCACGGUGACCAGUAUCCCCUCGCCCAUCAGUGUGAAUGGUUUCAAUGGAAUGCCGCCCCCUCAGGCCAACGGGCAGCCCCCUGCCGAAGCUGUGUACACCAACGGGAUACACCCCUAUCCUGUGUUGCAGGAGGUGGUUUUUAGAGAGGACUCUGAAAAAAACAGCUUGGCUCAUCGGAGUUGUUUUGGGGUUCAGGGUGGCUGCUUCCUCUCUUCUCUCUCUGAAGCUCAGAGUCCCACUGCAGCAGACCACUUACAGCAGGCUUACACAGGAGUCCAGCAGUAUGCAGCAGCCUACCCUGCUGCAUAUGGCCAGAUCAGCCAGGCCUUUCCCCAGCCUCCUCCCAUCAUCCCACAACAACAGAGAGAAGGGCCGGAGGGCUGUAACCUGUUCAUCUACCACCUCCCUCAGGAGUUUGGGGAUGGCGAGCUGAUGCAGAUGUUCCUGCCUUUCGGGUUUGUGAGCUUCGAUAACCCAGGUAGUGCCCAUGCUGCCAUCCAGUCAAUGAACGGCUUUCAGAUCGGCAUGAAGAGACUCAAGGUGCAGCUCAAGAGGCCGAAGGACGCCAACCGCCCCUACUAGCCCCUCCCCCUAUCAGCCACCCCUGCCCUGAGGGAUAUGGCAGUCACUGCACACAGGGCAACACAGGUUUUUAUUGAGCUGGAACACAUGUUGAUUAAAUGAACAACGUCAUUGAACUGAAAGACCACAGGAAUUAUUUGAGGCUGGUAUGAAACUGGAUCAUAUACUGGGGCUGAACAUGAACAAAUUAAAUGACCAAGUAAUGGACACCUCUGUUGGAUGUACCUUUUGGACCUCAGAGAGAACUCAUGCAAGCCUGGGUAGCUCCUGGACUCCUACUCUCUUUAUCGCCUCCCCUCCUCUCUUUCUCUCUCCCUAAACCUGCCUGAAUGACAGCUACCUUACAGGACCACAACGGAAGUAUUAUAAAAGAAGAAAGAAAAAA